CAAAAAAUUGACUGGCAUAGGUAUACAAAAAUCGUUGCAUUGACCUAAAACUGGAUCAAUUGACGUCACAAAGUCGCCCUGAAAACUUAUCACAGGCCUUAUUAACAUUUAUGUUAAAAAUCCAUUUUUUAUCAGGCUAAAAAUUACUAUAAAAGCCACCAAUUACAGCACUAAUUCAUAAAAGUGGAAAAGUGUUAAAACAAUAAUUAAACAUGUUGAUAAAAGCAACAAUUGUAGCUGUUUUAGUUGUCAUAUUAUCGGAGCUAUCCGAAUCCAAAAUCAUGGACAAAUGCGAAGUAGCGAGGGCACUAUGGCAAAAAGGAGUACCAGACUGGGAAGUACCGACGUGGGUCUGCAUUGCGAACGCCGAAUCACGUUUCGACACGUACGCAGUCAAUCGCAACACCUGGGACUAUGGAAUCUUCCAGAUCAGUUCGCUCUGGUGGUGCCAAUCAGGCGAUACACCAGGCAAAGGAUGCAAUUUGAGCUGCAACAGUUUACUCCACGACGACAUAUCGACCGAUAUUGAUUGUGUACGUAAAGUCUACGCUGAAACUGAAGCUAUGGGACAACGUCCCGGUUUCAAAGCCUGGACCACCUGGCAACCGCAUUGUUCCGGGGAUAAUUGGCAUUGGGUGCAAGGAUGUUAAUAAUUAGGAUAGAUUAAUAAUAAUAAAU